AUGCGGUCGGCCAUAGCCCAUGCUGCUGUCGCGGCUCAACGACGAAAGCCAGGCAGACAACGAAGCACUUCCCUCUCGACCGUCCCUCCAUCUGCCAACUCCGACGACUACUCUCCCGAGCUGGCCGCAGUAGCAGCCUCGAUCCUAUACCGCUCUCCGCUUCCUACAAAGGAAGGACGGCCAAUCUACGUCCUCAACGCUGCAGCAUUCCCGGACGCCUUCGAGGUCGACUACGAUAGCUUGCUAUCUUAUGUCCUAGCAAGACUGCCGGGAGAGGACGAGCUGAUCUCGGGCACGGAAUAUGAAAUCAUCUUCUUCGCCGGGGGUCAGCCGGACAAUGCUACAUCGGAGAAGAAGCAGGGACCGGGGAUGGGGUGGUAUCUGCAAGCGUACCACGUGCUGAGCCGGGCGACAAGAAAGCGGCUUCAACGGCUGUAUAUCGUGCAUCCGAGAACGUGGGUACGGGUGCUUGUUGGAGUCUUUGGCACGAUCGUAUCACCUAAAUUCCGCCGGAAGAUCAUCCAUGUCACCACUCUCUCACAACUCGCUCUGCAUAUCCCUAUCGAGAGGCUCCUGAUACCGCCAGCGGUCUACCUGCACGACCGCAAACUGUCUCCAGACAUCUAUGCUCCUUUUGCUACCGGCAAGCGAGCGUUUGGAGUCAAGCAUCCAUUCCCUAAGAAUAUCGACACAGGCGAAACUCGAUUACCGCGAGUCCUACGAGAAGCAACUAGCUUUCUGCUCCAACCCGCAUGCAUCAAGACCGAAGGCAUCUUCCGCAUACCACCCAACGCCACCCUCUCGAGCGCACUGAAGGAGGCGUACGAUCGUGGUCAGAAUUUCAUUGUCUGGAAGGAGAGAGGCGCGACGGUCGUUCAGCCCGGCAUCGACCAGACGUUGCUUGAUGAGGUCCGACUUGAAGACGCUUAUGGUGCUCACCUUGCCGCGUCAAUCAUUAAGCAAUGGUACCGGGAUCUUCGGGAUCCCGUCUUUCCUGAGUCGAGUUACGAGAGUCUGAAGGCGAAGUAUAGCGACCCGGACGUGCAGGUUCAGCCAGAAGAUCUCGUCGAUCUCAUUCUUCCGGCAUCAGACAGCUCGCCUCUGAGUUGGUCAGGCCGGCAAAUAUUGACCAGACACCUGCUUCCGAUGUUGUCAGAGGUUGCUGCAUAUGAACCUGAGAACAAGAUGAACCCCGAGAACCUGGGCAUCUGCUUCUCCAUGUGUCUGGUGUGUGGCUCGAACCAGCUCGAAGAUGCCAAGGUUGCAUCUAUCUUGAAGCGGGUACUACAAGCUGCCAUCGAGAUGUGGCCAGAGCUGCGGACCGGGAUGGAUAUGUCUAGUGAGCACUUUUAUGAGGAACUGCAGCCGCCAGCAGACUCCCGUGAUUACGAGGACCCGCUCGAGGAGGAGUUCCCGCCACGGUCGAAGCAAGUGAAGGAAGACGGGUUUCCAGAGAGCGGGGAAGGUCACCGCAUCAUUCUAGAAGACGCAGAGGAUGCUCCAGAGCUUGAGAGAGCACCUGUAUUACCUCCUCGGCGGCAGAAGGUUGAAGAAGCACAAGGUGUCCCAGUCUUACCAUCGCGACCAGUGACUUCGCAGAACGUCUCACCCAUCGCGACCAGCUCCGAUGCCCCUCCGCCCGUGCCGAAGCGCAAGCCGGCGCCUUCUACUGCUGAGCCGCCACCAAGAUAUUCCACCAUCUUUGACAACGACGGCACCAGCAUGCAUAUGGCUGAGUCGCCUGCCACGUACGUCCCAGCUAAUGGUUUCGGCCCACCCCGACAUGGCGCCUGGAGCUUCGACGAGCCUGAGAAAAAGGGCUUCGCGCCUCAGCCAUCUGACCCACCUCCAGCCAUCGAAGUUCCUAAACGAAAGGCCCUCUCAAGCGGAUCGAAACCUCCGACUGAAGCAGGAACACCAGCAGACAGCGCGCCAACAUCAAGACGUCCGUCAAAUGCCUCGUCAAUUGCCCAAGAAGCUGCUCAGAGGGCUGCAGCUAACUUGGCCCAACAAGCCGCUGCAGCGUUCGCGGAAAGACCCACCAGCACACCCAUCCUUCAAAUCCCGGACACUGAGCCCCUCAAUGUGGUUCAGUCUCCUGAAAGCGUCGCCACCAGUGAAGACGACAAUCUCUUCCGCAAGCCCAACUGGCCCGCCUCGGCUCGACCCAUACAGCCACAAUCACUGGCUAAACCCGUCCUGCCGCCACGCCAAAGCCAAACGUUCCCGUUGGCCUCGAACUCGAACGGAAACCUGGCGACAACUGGGCCGAGAGUCAGAGCGCCGAGCCCGGGUUUACUAAAGCGAAUGAGCUCGAUGGAGCCUACUACGACUGGAGCUGCGCAGGCAUCGGGCAGUGAGCCCCAGGCGGGCGCAGGAGGGGGACUGCGGCCUAACAGACUCGAUCUGAAGAAACAGAGCGUUGAAGAUUUGAGGCGGUUGUACGAGGAGAGGGUCAGUACGGCGCAGGUGUUGACAAAGUCCGGCAAGGGAAGGGGAAGCGCUUCAUCUGCAUGA